GAGACGCAGGCUCGAAUUUCCUCGUUUCCUUCUCGCUUUCCCGCUUUCUUCCCUCUCUCUCUCGCGCGCGCGCCUGUACGUCGAACGCUGCGCUCGUCCUUGGCACAGAGACCGACCUCAAGACGACCUGCGCUCCACCGACACAUCUCGCGGUGCACUAAGAGCCUCGGAAAAACAGCUAUUUGAACCAUCGCAACAGCGCUUCAAAAGGUAGACCGACGUCCUACCGACACAGAGCAGUCGACGACGCAGUAGAGGUUGGUGGUCCCUCAUCGCUCGAUGGAUCGCAGCUGCGAGGACAUUUCGAACAAGGCGUAGAUAAUCUCCGCAAAUAACGGUAUAAAAGAAACGCCAUGGGCCAACCAGCGACGGCAGCCAUUGCCGUUGCCGUCAUCUUCGUCGGCUUGGCAGCCAUCUACUUUGGCUACAGAAUAUACGUCAAGUGGUACCAUCGCCGGCAUCGUGAGGCCGAGCUGCCUCCAGUACGAGAACCGCUUACCGCAUAUAGCAACCAUACCGGUUUACCUUCGUCGGGGACACUGACCGGCACCCUGUACGGCGAAACGCAUCGAGAUUCUUGGCGAGGAAGCACUAGCAAGGCGAGCAUCAUCACGCACUUCGACAGAAGCGGCAGUCAUGGGUAUGGAAGCGAAUUCGCGCCGCUCAGCAGGAGGGCUAGCUCGACGGGACUUCUCGCCAGCCCCAGCACAGCAGGCAUGCCGCUCGAAGCAUCGGCCCCGGGGUCACCCCUCAGCCCACCGGGUGACAUUUCGCCGGGCUCCGCGAUCCCAGCGCCGGCAGAGGUCUACGAUGGCGCCGCCCACGGCCGAUUCUCGAGCAGCUCGUCGACGAUGACUUUGAAACGGUCCUACGCUGCAAGCUCCUACAAGGGCUCGAAUGGCGCGUCGUCGCCCGGCGGUCUCAGCCCACGGGAGAGGCGAGAGUCAUACUUGCCUCACCUGCCUGAGAACAGGGACUCGAUCCAGAUCACGCCGCCUCAACCGCUCGGAUUCGGCCUUGGGGGGAUGGCCACGGCCCUAGACCAACGGACGCUUGCCUUUUCCACUGCAAGUGGCAUUGGCCAGGGAACGGACGAUUUCGUCGCUGGCUUGUCCUGGAAGGAUCAGGCUGAAGAUGGCAGCAAUGUUGGUUCGACGGUGCGCGAGGAAGAGAGGCUGCGUUACCUGGCCCAAGGCCCCAGCCGAUCCUACAGCGGCAGCACGCACGGACCCAGCCAGCUGUAUGCACACAGCCUGGCUUCGGGCUCACGCACGCCCGAAGGCCAGGGUCCCGGUUCGAGGUCAAGAUCGCCCGCCCAUCCAGGAUGGGACGCAUCGAGCCACAGCGACGUCUCCUCCUCGCCGCGAGUCACACCCAUCACGCAUCCCCUGGAGCAACCGACACCGUCACACAAUGUUGGUCCGUCCUCUCACCUUCGCAACGGCUACAGCGUACAUCAACAGAGCCCACUUCAAAGGAUGAGCGACGGAGAGGAUAGCCAGUUCAGUCGCGGACGGCAUCCCGCCGAGCAGAACGGUCUUGCACCCUCUCUCCACCCGCUCGAUCACGAUCGACAACCCUCGCAGUCGAGUGCUGGGACCUUGGACACUGCUACAAGCGGCGCGCUAACUGGCACUGGUGGUGCCGGCACGGGCACAAACACCCCCGACCAGUCGCCAAUCAUGGCCGCGUUCCGAAACCCGGCAGGGAAGCUAGGCGCAUCGCAGACUGGCUCCUCGUCCGACGAGCAAGGAGGUCGGCAGACGCCGGGAACUCCGGGCUUUGCCUCGAGGAGCGGAAGCUCGGUGACGGGUUCCGGUUCCCAUUCGGGCCCGAGCACCGAGUCGAAUGCGAGUGGAGGAAGACGUAGCGGAAGCCAGAACGGCGACGAGGUCGCAGGGCCGCCGUCUCAGAGGAGCUUGGCGUUAGGCAAGGACGGGAGAUUACACCUCGUUCAAGGUGGCGCCGCGGACAAAGUCCUGGAUCACCAGCAACCAGUUCGACGUGGUGUGCUCGACGAAGAGAAGCAAGGAGCGGGGACCAGGAGCGGGGAGGAGAAGAGCAGGUUACGCUCCUUGUUCGGACGGUGAUUCCGCAGAUUUUCUCUUGACAAUCUCUUACCCCCCUCCUAUCCCUUUACCCUUUCCCCACUUCGUCUUCUAUCUUCACUAUGCUUUCUCAUUCACAGGACAAUCUCGCUUUUUUCUUUCAUCUCUCUUUCUCUCUCUCGUCGGUCUUCAGGGCUCAAGAAUCAAAAGGCAGCAGCAACAGCAGCAAAAGAAGUAUCUUAAUUCUCACGAUCUAUCCCCCCCCUUCCCUCUAUUCUGUCAUUACCACCACCAUCAAAUCCAUCAUCGUCAAUCAUGUCCUCUCUUCUGUAGCAGGCAAGGAAUUGAAAA